UAUAAAAAACCACACCAUAAAGGUGAGCUUUAUAAUGAACAUUUUGCUUUACUUUAAAAAUCCUUCACACAUUUUGAGUGCACCAUUAAAAUCUAUUUAUUUUUUUCUUAAGGGUUUCCAUUCUUGUUGCCACCCACAGACAGAAAUGAAAGACCAGUUCUACUGGUACAGGACAAAAAGGAGUAUGAGCCAUUAUGUGUGUAUCUGUGCAGUAUCAGUUAUUGAAACCUGUCUCACAGUUUGACUGGAGCAGACAUUCCUGGGAGACACAGAGAGACACUAAGCCUUCACAAAUACAGCCAUGGACACCAAAUCGAUCGAGAUCGCUGCCCUGGGGCGACCCCUGCGCCUCGGGAUGCUAUACGACUGCCGAAAUGACACCUUCAUCCCAGGUGUUACUCUGUGGGACAGAGAAGCGUUAAUGAAGGAUCUUGAUGUAUCUGUGAAGCCCAACACAGAGUUCAAGAUCCUUGCUUCUGACUCUCUCAGGGAAAAGACCAAGGCAUUUAAUGUGAGAGGCUCCCUGAAGGCCAGUAUCCUCGGGGGCAUCAUAGAGCUAGGGGGGUCCGCCAAAUAUUUAAUGGACACGUCCCCCUCUAGCCGACAUUGCAGGGUCACUCUGCAGUACAGCAGAACCACUCGCUUUGAGCAGCUGACCAUGACCCAGCUGGGCCAGGUGAUGUAUGAAAAGGUUUUUGAGCAGCACACAGCCACCCACGUGGUAACAGCUGUGCUGUAUGGGGCUCAGGCUUUCUUUGUGUUUGAUCAGAGAACCUCUGAUAAGAAAGAGAAGAAAAAUGUUGCAGGAGGACUCAAAGCUUUGAUCGAAAAGAUACCCAAAAUUCCUAUCGGAAGCAGGGGUGAAAUGGGCGUGACUGAGGAAGACAAGGAGAACAUUCAGAAGUUUGCCUGCACAUUCCAUGGAGACUUUGAAAUUCAACAAAAUCCAUCUAAUUACCUGGAGGCUGUGGAGGUUUACAGAAUGCUCCCUAGUCUGCUGGGAGAGAAUGGGGAGAAAGCUGUGCCUGUAAGGGUCUGGCUGUAUCCUUUGAAGAGUCUGGACCCAAGAGCUGCUCGGCUCAUGAGGGAGAUCAGUGAAAACCUGGUAUCACAGAUAGAGACGGUACUGGUGCAGUGCAUCAAGGCCAGCAGGAGGUCCUGGGACAUGCAGAGUGACAGCACCGUGGCUCAGUUCAGCAUCAUAAAGGAAAAACUCCAUCAGUUUGAGAGCAUCAUGGCUCAAUACAAAACAAAGUUUCAGAAAGCUUUGUCUGAAAUCCUGCCAGUCAUCCGGGGGGGUGAACAAGAGGAGCAGGCCCUAGUCAACCUUCUCCAGUCUCACAGCGAGUCUCCCUUCACUAACUCCAAGCAGAAGAAAUGGCUCGAUGAGAAAGAAUCUGAAAUUAAUAUACUGAGAUCUUACACCGAUGCCAUGAAAGGCAUCCCCGUCAUGUCAUCGCCCAGUGACCUCAACAGCAUCCUUUUCAACCCAGAGAUAGAUACUGUCAUCUGCUUCACAUUCACCUCGCUGGUCUACAAAGAGCCGUAUCUCUCCGUCUUGACUCAUUACCUUUGGCAGAGCAAAACAUCUGACAACUUAAAGCAGAACUCUGCCCCUGUUAAUGGACUGAGCAAAGAGGAGACCCAGCCAUGGUUUGCAUCAUCAGACAUGAUGAGGGUGACUCUUCAGUGGUUUAUAGAAUACGCAGAGGCCAACAGAGAUAAUAAGAAAACCCAAUUCAUUAUCGCCACUGUCUCUGACCAGUCCAGUCCUGGAGCCUCUAUUCGCCUCUAUCGCCAUGGAAAACUAGUGACCCCUGCAUUCAGACCUGUAUUGAAGCCGGAUCCCCCUGUGCCAAUUGACAUCCACAUUGACAGAGUGACCCUGAGGCUGCUGCCCUCACAGAGUGGGGAGACAGAACAUUUCAGAGUGGAGUACAGAGAAGUGCAGAGAAGCGCUCUGACUGGCGCACAGUGGCACAAAGAUCAAGGAGGUCGUUGGAUGGUCACUGACACUCCUGACACACAAUAUGCUUGGACCCUGUCAGGACUGCAGCCAGGAACACUGUAUGAAUUCAGGUACAGGGCAGUGGAUGCUGUGGGGGUGAGUGAGGCCAGUGAGGCCAUUAAGAUCCAGACAAAACAUAACCCAAGAGCUGCACCUGCACACCCACUGGUACAGAGAGACGCCGUCUCUGGAAUCGUCACAGUGAGCUGGGAGGAGCCAGCUGCUGUGAGAGGGGGGCUGCCUGUGUUGCAGUACAAAGUGGAAUACAAGGAUGAAAGAUGGGCUCUGUGGGCAGCCAAGCUGACAGAGGGUGAUGAGACGACCUGCACUAUAGAUGGGCUGCAGUACUCGAGUUCAUACAGAUUCCGAGUGUACUCAGGCUUUGUAGGAGGAGAAACCAGUCCACCCAGUCAGGAGGCGGAGCUCUCCUUUGUGGGAGUGCCAAGAACCAGGGAUCAGUUUCUGCAGUAUGCCUGUCAGCUCACACCAGACCUGGAGACCGUACACCGACGGCUUUCUGUCUCUGAAAGGAAUAUAGAGAUGACGCGCAAGAAGGAGAAAAUGCCAUACCCUGACCAUCCAGAGCGAUUUGAGUGGCAUCCCCAAGUGCUGUGCAGAGAGGGGCUGACUGGCCGCUGUUACUGGGAGGUUGAGUGGAGUGGGAAAGGGGUCACUAUAGGAGUCGCAUGCAGAGGAAUAGGGAGAAAAGGAAAGGGUUAUGACAGUUGCCUUGGGCACAACGACAAGUCCUGGGGUUUGGAAUGCAGGGGAUCCGGUUACUCCGUCUGGCACAAUAACAACGAAACCGUCAUACCUGUCUCCUCGUCCCCCAGAGUGGGAGUGUAUCUGGACUGGGUGGGGGGCACGCUGUCAUUUUACAGUGUCUCCCCUGACUCCAUGCUACACCUACACACACUCGAAGCAAUAUUCACCGAGCCCCUCUACCCUGCUUUGGGGGCUAAGGACAAUGGCUGUUCCUUCUCCUUGUGUCAGCUGGAAUAAUCCUCCCGGUUUUCUAAGAAAGUGUCCGCUUCUAGCUUCUAAUGUACGCUUUCACUCCCUUGAACCAGAGUUUCCACCAGACAGAGAGAGGGUCUUAAAACAGGACUGGUGCUUCUUCACUUCUCCCUCUAAAUUCACUUUAUAUUCUGUAUACUGUAGCCUUGGCUGAAUUCAAUUUGUACUGUAUGUUUUUCCAAAAUUUUAAUUUGUUUUUUGGCAUUUGUUGUUAGCAAUGGUUAUUUCUUUUAGGUAGCAUAAGGCUGAUUGAUCUUUAUGCAACUGGCUUUUUGAUUCCACUCAAAUUGUCAAGCUUAUAACUGAAUAAAAUUCUCUGCUACUAGUAGCAUUGAUUUCCAUUAUUAUCCAAUCAUUCGGAAAGUGCUUUUAUUCAAAUCAGUUAUUAAAAUGCUGAACAGUGUGCCUUAAUUCAAUGUUUGUUCUGCACAGAGUUUUGAAAUGUAAAUGAAUAAAUUCUCAAAAUGCAAAACUUUCA